AUGGUUGUAAAUGCCAUAAUGGUUUCCAGAGAUUCUAAUAAUUCAAAAUUUGGAUGUCCGCAAACAGGUGUUUGGAAAUUUUUUGAAAGAGGUCAAUCUAAAGAUGAUGCACAUCUUGCUAAUAGUUGUAAAAAAGUUCCUAAAGAGUGGCGGUAUCAUUUUAAUAAUAUUAUAGUUAAUAAUUUAGAAGAUAUUCCAACUGAUGAACCUAUAUCAAAUGCUAGUUCAUCUUUAGUUAAACAAAAAAAUAUAGCCAAACAACCUGGGUUAACUAAUUGGUAUGAUUCUAUAAAAAUUAAAACACCUAUGCAAUCAUUAAUUGACAAAGCUAUUUUAUUAGCUUUUCUUCUAAAUCCUGGUUAUAAUAUUCCAUCACGUGAGGUUCUCUCAGGACACUUAUUAGAUUCAGAACUUGCAAAAGUUAUUCACAAAGUUGAUGGAAUUUUAAAAUAUACAAACAACCUUACUAUCGAUCUUGAUGGUUGGACUGCUCCUAAUGAUCCUGUUAUUUUAACAAUACUUUGUGGUCGAGGCUUUUUUACUAAUUUGCAAUAUCUUUCAGAUGUUUUAUUUCCAAUCAAAGAAGCAAUUUUGGCAGUUGAGGCAAAUCGUUCUACACUUGCUGACUGUUAUAUUAAUUUAGUAAAAAUUGCUGCAGCAAUUCAAAAUCUUGCUAUUGAUGAAUAUAAAGGAUUUCACAAUGAAUCAUAUAAAGGUCUUGGAUUAAAGUUUGAUACAUUUCCUUUUAUUGCAAAUUAUGCUAGAAAAUUAUGGCAACAAAUGACAUUAGGAUGGAUUUAUAGAAAGCAUCAAACUAGAUUAAAUAUAGAUCAGUUAGAAGAAUUAGCAAAAAUUUAUCAGUUUAAUUUAUCAAACUCUAUAGAACAACUUCAUCAUACUCAAACCGCAGAAAUAAAUCCUGAAAUAAUGACAAAUAUUGCUGAAACUGUUUUUAAAGAGUUUGAAGAAGAAACAUUAAUAGAAGAUGAUGAUAUUGAAAUGCUUAAUCCUGCUAAAAACCUUUAUCCAAAUAAACAAGAUUUAGACUUAAGCAUUUCAGCUUCUAUUGAUUUUAAAUCUUUAGUUUUUAUGUUCUCUAAUAGUUAUGAAAGUAGGAAUUUUAAUGAAAUCGAAUCUGAUAAUGAUAUACAAGAAGGUAAGUAUAAUGUUGACAAAAUUGUUGCUGCAGAAUUAAAUUACAGUUCACAUUAA